AUGAAGAGUGAACCCGUCUAUUCAACUCAGAGUCCCCUCUGGAUGCCCAUCACUAUGAGAGUCAGAUCCCUAUGUAAUGGAGAUUAUGAGCGCACCAUUAAAAUCGAUUGUUUCGAUCACCGAUCCAAUGGUAAUCAUAAGCUGAUUGGCAGCUGUUUUACAAACCUCCGGAGUCUAACCAAAGGACCAAAUGAUGAGAAUAAGUAUCCGAUAAUAAAUUCAAAGAAGAAGAGGAAUAAGAAUUACAAGAACUCUGGAUUCGUUGAAUUGGAAUCGAUUGGAGUGACAGAAGAGAUCACUUUUCUGGACUAUAUUCGCGGCGGAACUCAAAUGCAUUUCGCGGUCGCCAUUGACUUCACCGCAUCUAACGGUCCGCCAAGAGAUCCACAAUCUCUACACUAUCUCGACAUAUAUGGGAAUCGACCCAACCCUUACGAAAUAGCGCUCAGAAGUAUUGGCGAUAUAAUACAACCGUAUAAUAGCGCCGGAUUUGGCGCUAAGAUUCCUCCGACGGGUGAAGUGUCACAUUUGUUUCAUUUGAAUGGCAUUCCCUCCCAUCCCUAUUGCAGUGGAGUGACGGAGAUCCUGGACCACUACAGGAAACGGUUGGCAUCCGUGACCCUCUACGGGCCCACAAACUUCUCGAACGUAAUCAAUAACACCAUAUCUAUUGCCCGACAAUACGAAGACGGAAAGCAUUACUUUGUUUUGCUGAUAGUCACGGAUGGCAUCAUAUCCGACAUGAUUCACACCAAGAAUGCGAUCAUCAAUGCGUCCAAACUUCCCAUUUCUAUCAUCAUAGUGGGCGUCGGGAACGCCGACUUUGCCGCCAUGAAUGAGUUGGACUCGGAUGACGUGCGCCUACAGGUGGACGGCAAGUACGCCGAGAGAGAUAUCGUUCAAUUCGUGCCGUUGAAUAGGUUUUUGGCUAAAAAGGGACCCUUUAUUAGAGCGCAGGCAGAUCUCGCCAAAGAGGUAUUGUAUGAAAUACCCGAACAAAUGACUGGAUUUAUGAGAUCCAGAGGCUAUAAACCAAAUAUUCCAAUAGAGAUGACCCUCUCGUGUCGUAAUCUUCUCAAUAAAGACAUUCUCUCGAAAUCGGAUCCGUUUUGUUUGGUUCAGAUGAAGGACUCGUGGAGUGAGAAGUUCGUGGAGAUCGGGAGGACCGAAACCAUCACCGAUAACCUCAACCCCGAAUGGGUCAAGAAGUUUGUCAUUAGCUAUAACUUCGAGACCGUUCAGAAGAUGCGGUUCGAGGUGUGGGACGUGGAUCCGGACGGCAAAGAGUUUUUGGGACACUUCGAGACAACGUUAGCCGAAAUCGUGGCCUAUUCUGGGCGACAGUUCGUGAAGAAGUUGUCGGGAAUACCGAACAGAGAGUGCGGAGACAUCGUUAUAGUGACGGAAGAGCUGUCUUCGUGCAAACAAAUAGUUCAAAUGCAGUUCAGCGCCAAAUCACUGACCAAACUGUCGUGGAUUUGGAGGAAUGACCCGUUUUUGGUGUUUUCGCGAUCUAACGAAGACGGGACCUAUUCGGUGGUCAUGAAGAGUGAACCCGUCUAUUCAACUCAGAGUCCCCUCUGGAUGCCCAUCACUAUGAGAGUCAGAUCCCUAUGUAAUGGAGAUUAUGACCGCACCAUUAAAAUCGAUUGUUUCGACUACCGAUCCAAUGGUGACCACAGACUGAUUGGCAGCUGUUUUACGAGUCUUAGGGCUCUAACUAAGGGUCCAAAUGAAAACAAGUAUCCGAUUGUGAAUCCAAACAAAAAGAAAAACAAGAAUUACAAGAACUCUGGAUUCGUUGAAUUGGAAUCGAUUGGAGUGACAGAAGAGAUCACUUUUCUGGACUAUAUUCGCAGCGGAACUCAAAUGCAUUUCGCGGUCGCCAUCGACUUCACCGCAUCUAACGGUCCCCCAAGAGAUCCACAAUCUCUACAUUUCCUCGACCUAUACGGCGGUCGACCCAACCCUUACGAAAUCGCUUUGAGAAGUGUAGGGGAGAUAAUACAACACUAUGACAGCGCCGGCAUGUUUCCGGCAUUUGGAUUUGGUGCUAAACUCCCGCCAACGGGCGAAGUGUCCCAUCAGUUCCCACUUAAUGGCAAUCACUCGCAUCCCUAUUGCAGUGGUAUUCCGGAGAUACUGAAUCACUACAGGACCCGAUUGGCAUCCGUGACCCUCUACGGGCCCACAAACUUCUCAAACUGUAUUAACAACACGGCGUCCAUUGCCCGACAAUUCCAAGACGGGAAGCAUUACUUCAUUUUGUUGAUCAUAACGGAUGGCAUUAUCUCUGAUAUGCACCAAACGAAGAACGCGAUCGUCAAUGCGUCCAAACUUCCCAUUUCUAUCAUAAUAGUGGGCGUCGGGAACGCCGACUUCGCCGCUAUGGAUGAGUUAGACUCGGAUGACGUGCGCCUACAGGUGGACGGCAAGUACGCCGAGAGAGAUAUCGUGCAGUUCGUGCCACUGAACCAAUACCUGUCCAAAAACGGACCGUUCGUCAGAUCUCAGGCCGACUUAGCCAAAGAAGUUUUAGCCGAAAUACCCGACCAAAUGACUGGUUAUAUGAAGUCCCGGGGCUUUAAACCAGUCAAAUCUGUGCCAACGACAGACCCAUCGCAACCGUCACCAUCACAUCCCACGCCAAACGCCCCAUCGAUUGCCAUCUCUUGAGAAUUGUGUCUCAUUUUCACCGUUUAUUUACCAAUGAUUUAAUAAAUGACCUAAACUUCUAACAAUCUAUACAUUCUUCAUAUACCGGUUCAUAAUUUGAGCGC